AUGGAAGACACUCAGCAUUACCCCCCACGGGUCUGUCGUAUCUGCCUAGAAAGCGUGCUGCCUACUUUCCAACCCUCAGAAUUCCUCCAGAAGCCUCGAGUGGUUUAUGAAUCUUCCGAUCCAGAAUCUGGACGUCUGCUAAGCCCGUGCCAAUGCAAAGGUUCCUCGCGUUAUGUCCACGAGGGCUGCUUGCAGUCAUGGCGCCAUGCCGACCCCAAAUAUGGGACAAGAAACUUCUGGCAAUGUCCCACCUGCGGCUUUCAGUAUCGCCUGGAGCGUCUGACUUGGGCUCGGUGGAUUAGUAGCGCCACUACUCAGCUAAUCCUCACACUCGGCAUUCUUUUUUUAACCGUAUUCCUGCUUGGAUUCAUUGCUGACCCCAUCAUUGAUUUUUAUUUGGGCCCCGUGGAUGUUUACACUGAAUUGGUCGAGGAAGAUACCUCCUGGCUGGGACACUUCCUCAAAGGACUCGCGUCUUUGGGCCUAUUAUCGUUCCUUAAGGCCAUAUUUGCGCUGUCGCCUUUCCCUUGGAACCUCCGGUCUGUGGCAUCGGGGCGGAAUUCGGGCCGUAGCCGAGCCGCCCAGUUGAACUGGCUAGUGGUCAUGGUUGGCAUCGGUACUUUCCUUUGGGCUGUCUACAAAGGUGUUCGGUCAUGGAGUAGACGAACGCUAGAAAAGGCUGGCGAACGAGUCAUGGAUGUCCCACUACCAGAUGAGGACAGUGAUAGGGACGUCCCAAUACCGGACGACGCUGGAAUGAAGGAAGAAUAG